GAACUGCUCCACGAGCAUUCCAUUGGGCAGCGCACAAAAUUGCCAUGCACAAACUGAUUCGCGGUCGUCGCCACGCUCAGCGAGCAGCCUGGCUGGAAAUCCUGAGCAAAGAUUACGCUGCUGCAAUGGUGGAGUACAACAGCGCCAUUCUUCACCUGGAGGAGUCCCUGGAAUCUAUCCUGCGUCGUAUCCGACGUUACGGCGAGAGACUGAGCGCCCUGCGCCAGAUAAUUCCGUCCCCGAACCAAUGGGGUGACGUGCACGUCCCUGUGGUCAUGUCCACUACUACGGAGAAGCGUUACAUUUGCGAGAUGGAAGGUCUCUUUGUUCUGGGAAGCCCAACGGGUCGAUGCGUCGAUGUGGACGCGCCCGACGUCGUCCAGCUCGUCGCUCAGUUGCUGCGGCGAAAGAAGGAGCCCGCGAGUUCUGAACCAUCAAGGAGUGUUCUCCUCUCUGGGCCGGCUGCCACCGGAAAAUGUUGCUUGGUCCGUGCGCUAAGCCUGGGCAUCCGCUCGUCUACCGUCUACUACGUAUACCUUCCGCAAUUUCUUCCGAGGCGAAGUGCGUACGAAGUAGGCGUUAUCAUAAGGAGCCUCUUUGUGGGGAACGACGAGCGGCGACCAGUCAUCUUAGUCGUGGACCACGUGGACCAACUGUGCAAGCCACCUGUGACGGGAGCGGCAAAGGCGUUCACUCGACUUCUGGAGCGUUUGAUGAACCAUAAACCGCUAGGGGUUCGGUUAGUCGCUCUGACGGACAUCCCCUGGGACCUCUCCCCCAGGCUCCAGGCCGUGUUUGAAAGGCGAGUUUACGUGCCUCUUCCAAACUACAUGUCCAGGAUUCAAAUAGCCAAUCACCUUUUGAGUGGCACGGACGGAUACAUAUCAGACAUUUCGCUCGAGGAACUGGCCGCAUCGACGAAAGGCUUUACCAGCUCCGAAGUAGCCAUGUGUUUGCGGAGUACCUUCUGGUCGGCAGCUCUCAGGGAAACGGAACUCAGCUGCUGUGUCGAAGUGGAUGAUUCUCCGCAGGCGCGAAAAUCGCCCACCCCUACAGACAAGGGGAUUCGGGAAGCAAUCGCGAUAAUGUCGGCGAGUUUAAAGAAAAAUCCGAGGGCCAGGAACCCUUUGAUCCCAAUCAGCAGGCUUAAGUCCCUGUCUAACUUAGUACAGUGCAAUAUUUCGUGAUGUGGACGUGCAGGGCGACUGUGAUGCAAUCGAAGACAUCCUUACGAAAUAAAUUUCAUGCGCAUAGUCCCAUAAUUACCGUUCCCACAGUUCCCACAAAGUGAACAAGUUGCACUGUACAGCCACCGUCAAACUAUACAUCCACUGUCUAUCACCAGGUGGACACGCCUCUAACGACGACGGCGACGCUGAAUAAAAAAAAAAAAAAAACA